GAAUCGAAAUCUUAAUAAUAUCGAGUUAGUUAUCAAUUGAACUAUAUUCAUGGGGACGGGAAAAAUGUUAUAGGAAUCAAUCGGCAUUGAAAGGAAAAGAAAAAAUAGAAAAAUAGUAUAGAAGACGCGGUUACGAACCAUACUUGUCUGUGGCUAUUGUUAUCUUCCUCCUCCGCUUCACAUCAACUUUUCUCAAUUCUCAUUCCCAAAAUCCCAAUUCAAUGUAUUAGGGUUUUCAUUCUUCAUAUUUUCUCUUCAAUUUCUUCAAUCAUCAUCCCUAAAUACCUUCAUUCCAAUUCAAAUAAACCACGCGAUCGCAUUUUAUUUCAUUUCAUAUUCCAUAUAUAUACACUGCGAUCGGUGAGUGGAGAGAAAGGUGCAAAGCACAAACUUCAAGAUAUUUCUCAUUAAAGAGAUAGUGUCACAAUGUUGGCUUCCAAAGAAAUUAUGAAAUUCAAAUCAUACCAGAACCAGGCUAAUUUGUUUGUGAAGGAAUAUUUAUUAGCAGACCCUCUGAUUCCAUAUACUUCCAUUAUUGGUGGCAUUUUUGCUUGCAAGUUGGUCUAUGAUCUGACUCAGCUUUUUAGCACUACUCAUUUUAAGAGCUAUUCCAGUCUCACUAAAAUCCAACGUAUUGAGUGGAACAACCGUGCUAUGUCAACUAUCCAUGCCGUUUUUAUAACAACUAUGUCUUUAUACUUGGUGUUUUGCUCAAAUCUAUAUUCUGAUAGCCACUCAGUUGAACUUCUUACAGAACGGAGUUCUGCGUUGUCUACGUUUGCUUUGGGGGUUUCUGUUGGUUACUUCAUGGCUGACCUGGGGAUGAUAUUUUGGUAUUUUCCUUCUCUUGGUGGAUAUGAGUAUGUGAUUCAUCAUCUGCUUUCUUUAGUAGCAGUAGCCUAUUCAAUGUUGAGUGGAGAAGGGCAGCUGUACACCUACAUGGUCCUCAUCUCCGAGACAACAACUCCCGGAGUCAAUUUGAGAUGGUAUCUUGAUGUAGCUGGAAUGAAAAGGUCAAAAGCGUAUCUCAUCAAUGGGGUUGUAAUAUUCAUUGCUUGGCUGGUUGCUAGAAUACUUUUGUUCGUGUACAUGUUUUACCAUGCUUACUUGCACUUUGAUCAGGUUCAGCAGAUGCACACCUUUGGACAAAUACUAGUUGUUGUUGUGCCGGUGGUGCUGUCAGUUAUGAACUUGAUUUGGUUUUCAAAGAUUAUCAAAGGUCUAAUGAAGACAUUGGCGAAGAGGCAGUGAAAUUUUUGAGGAAAAUUAAAUAUAGAUUACAUUGUUGAUAUCAAGGUCACCUUGCCUCUGUGUCCUCUCCUUCUGGGUAAAAACAUAGAUGGUGUGUACUGAAAGAUGUGAUAGAGCAGAAAAGAACAUGUUUGGAUCCAUUUUAGAUCUGAACUUAUAUUGUAUAAAUAUGUUAGUUCUGUUUUACAAUAACCCUAUUCUUUAUGUACAUUUAUUAGUUCAAUUUAAUCUUUAUUCUGUAUCUACA